AACUAUACAAGCACCUAUUAUGGCUAUGGAUCCGAAAAGCAAUAAAAUUAUUUGAGGUUAUGUAAGAUAAUGCGCAUUGGCAUAAUGGCAUAUUAUUGUGUGUAUUUACUAUUUCAGUGAUUGUGCGAGUGUGCUACACAAGUUGUGAUAGCCGGUGCUCUGGCUAAAACUUAUGAUAGAUUCAUUCUAAGACUGCAAAUUGACAUCAAUUACAUUACUUUAAGUAGAUACAGUUUGUAAUAAUUUAGGAUUAUUUUCUCAAGAUGGCGGAAUUUGUACAACGACGCAAAGAAGAAAUGAUUGUUGAAGUUCCAGUACUCAAUAGUCAUUUCAAGAAAUCUGCAGUGAAAAAUAUUUUGAAUCAACGAGAAAAAUUUGAGUAUAGAUUGAUGCGUCGGAACAAACAAAAGUCAGAUUUUACUCUUUAUAUUAUAUUUUUAAAGUCCAUUAUCAAGAAAGUUAAAAAAAUGGGAUCAACAAGUACUGAAUCAUUUAAACUUAUUAAUCAACAUAAUAACCGAAUCAUAGAUCUUUAUCGUGCAGCUCUAAAAUAUUUCAAAGAUGAUGUAUCCCUCUGGAAAGAAUACAUAAAAUUCCUGAUGAAAUGUGAUAAAGUAGCGUUGUUACGGACAGUUAUAAACAGUGCCUUGUUAUURCAUGGCCACAUUUCAGAUUCACUGUAUGUUUUCGCAGUUAAACAAGAAUUUGAAGAUUUAAAAAAUAUCCAAAAAGCAAGAGAAAUGUAUACUGAUGGAUUAAAUGCACAUAAAACUUCUUCAAAAUUAUAUUUUGAAGCCUUUAAAUGCGAACUAUUUAUGUUGACUACAUUUAGCAAGGAUCCAAAUUAUUGGGAUACUUUAGCUACAAAUGAACUGUUGAGUAAAUCUAACAACACAGAAAAAUUUAAAAUAAUGAAAUGCCUUGAUAGAUAUAAUACUGCGCUUACAGUACUUGAUACAGAUGAGAUGUGGGACAAAUAUUUGACCACCAUUUUAGAAGUUACAUCUGAUACACAAAAAACAGAAAUUUAUAAAAGAAAUUUACUCAGACAAUCUAUGUUUAACGCUCACAAGAAAAAUAAAUUGAAACCAAAACAUUAUAUUAAAUGGAUAAAUAAGUCAAAAAGUUCCAUGACCAACGAAAUUUUGGAAUUGGCCAAUGAAAUAUAUCCAAAUGACUUAAGUAUUAUUGAAAUUAAUAUUAAAAAUAAAUUGAACGCUUCAGAUGAACUAAAAGCUUACGAUUUAUUUAUACACAACGCCAAUAAAGUUUCUCCCAGUAUUUGGCUUACAGUAGUUGAUUAUUUUUUAAAUAAACCACAGAUUAGUGAGAUUUUCAAUAUGAUAUUUGGAGAUAAAGCUGUUUGUACUAAUGAAGUCAAACAAAAACUUGGAAAUGAGUAUUUGCUGUGGUUAAGCCAAAACAAGUCGUUGAAUGAUGCUCGAAAUGCUUACUACAAAUUAAUCACAAACAGCAGUUGUGAUGCAAGUCUAUGCAAGACUUUAGUAAAUUUGGAAACUGAGCAACAACAAAUAGACUUCAGCAARAUUAGGCAGCAUUUUACACUAGCAUGCAUGCAGUUUGGUAAAACCAAUAUUGAUUUGUGGAUGGAACGAAUUUACUUUGAGCUACAAUAUGGGUCACCAAAACUUGUUUCUAAUACAUAUCAUCAAGCGUUAACAACUUUGAAUAAUGAGGAGGCUGAUAAAUUUGUUGAACAAUAUACAUCAAAGGCUUCUAUAUUUAAUAAAAUUAAUAAAAUAUAAUACAUCAAUUAUAGAUUAUAUAAGAUACAAAAAUAGGGUUUGUACUGUUUGUAGACAACUCAUUAAAACUUAUUUUUCAUAAACGUUGAUAUGGGACUCUCUUAUAAAUUCCAUCAUUUUCAGUUUUUAUUCCAGCAAAUUUUUUUUUAAAUAACUGUAUGCGCCAUCUGAAAUUUAAUUUACAUUUAAAC